CUCUCUCUUUGACCCUGGUCAAGUGCGCAUCUUUCCUCCCAUCUUUUUCUUUUCUUCCCAUCCCCCUUCCCAUGCGUGGUCGUGCGGUCUCGAUCCUGCGUCCUUCCACUUCAACCUUCACCUUCACGCGGCGAGGAAGAGAAUAGUGUUCUCGCGCGCCCGUUCGAUCGCAUUACGCGCUGUGAUGACGGUACAAGGUUGAAAGCUAGCGGGAAUUCAAUUUGCUUCAGAAGAAGAUUCAGGACGAGUGUGAUUUUGGUUUCGCGUGCACAUGUGACAUGUUCCUGGUGGAGAUAUUGUAGGAGAGAUGAAUGCUCGAAGAAUCUUGCCAUUCUUACUGCUGGUGAUCUGCAUAAUCAACGGGAUUUUCUCUGACCAAAAUGAUUGGAGUAGACCAAAUAAUAUUCGACACAUUCGUAAACUCAGCGAAUACCUCGUUCCACCGCCACCGUCGAGGUUUCAUCCGGACAGAAUCCCAAGAUUGGCGAAAUUUCCACCGACAACUCCAAAGCCAGAGUACUUCAAGUGGCUGAUGAGGUGGUUGAAUCCCUUCAGCCCCGAAUCCGUUCAUUCUUCGCAACCACCGCCGCCGCCGCCGCUACGGCCACCACGUCAAUCUGGGGCCCCGUAUCCGCAGUAUAUUCAACCCCCUCCUCUGCCACCCGUUACCUACAACGGUCCUCCCCCUGUGGAUUAUGAGAAACCACCCCUUCCUUUGCCCUCUGCCAACGAUCAUUCGGGUUAUCCUGCUCCGAUUAAAGCCAGGAGCUGCAAUUCUUGCAACAAAGUCCCCUGGAUGCCGAUACAGCACGAUGAACUUGCACAUCCGGGAGACGCUUCGUACGGACCGCCGCCACUUGAAUCGCCGGGUGGCGAGCACCGGCUACCUAAAACUCACGAAAUACCUCCCGAUCCUUAUCAUGCUGCCUCGCAAGAAAUCAGAGUUCCGGACUUUUCUUUCGCGCAGCCUGGUGGACAGGACGGCUCCUUUAUUCCUCCGAUACCGUAUCCGCAACUGUUUCUCGGAACAGUACCGCCACUCCACGAAGCACAAGACUUUAAUGCCCCUGUAAUCAAUCCUCAAGUCCCUCCCGAUGGAAAUUCGGGAUAUAACCUACCGCCACCGCCAGUGUUUCCUGAGAACGGUGCACCUAUAGAUAAUGGCUCUUAUAUGAAUGUACCGGGGCCUACUUUCAACAAUGGGCAUAAUGGACCACCUAUGUAUCCAGAUCCUUCGAAUCUGGGUGUAGGAGCUGUUCCGCCUGUGUAUUCAGGUCCUCCGGAUCAGGGUGUAGGAGCUGUUCCUCCUAUGUAUUCAGGUCCUCCUUAUCAGGGUGUAGGAGCUGUUCCUCCUGUGUAUUCAGGUCCUCCGAAUUUUAAUGUUCCUCAAGAAUUAGGCUAUACCAAUCCGGGCGGAGACAUGACGGGAACGAAUGGAUCGCCCGGUGGUCAAAUUAACCAAAAUCCUCCCAGCUACGGAACUUCCGAUUUCGCUCAAGUACCAAACAAUUACAAUCCUGUCCCUCAGGACAACUACCCGUCCUCCAGCGCGAACGUCGCCGAGGGCUCUUACGCACCUUUGCACACUUUAGACGGAUCUUCCGGGACGAAUGGAGAUUCAAUACAUUUUGAGCAGUCACCGUCGCUAGAUUUCACGCACCGAGAUGAAAGUUGGACGCACUCGUCCUCGAUACCGUCGACCUCUAACGUAUUCACGGGCUUUCAGAGCCCCGAGAUUGCCGGGACGACCGUGGCACCUGGCAAUGAGAUUUUCGGAAUGCAUCAAGGCGUCGCUCCAGCGGAAUCUCAUCCCCCUACUAAUUAUUUCAAUACAUUUGAUAACGUGGCAAAGGAAACGAAUAUCCAUAAUAACGCAAAUCGAGGUAUAGAUGGAGAAUCAAAUAACAACGGAGAUAUUACGCAGCCUUACGAUAACGUAACGGAAGAAACGUUUAGUGACGUUAAUGUUAAUUACCCGGAUCAGACGUCCGAGCAGCAAAAUGCGAACAGGAAACAACAGGUACAGGUUAUCAUUCCUUUUACGGUACACUACACACCACUUCCAUUCCAUCCGUCUCAAGGGUCUACAAUGGGAGUAAUGGACCUUCAGAGAAACACUACUGCAGGUGAAUUCAAUCAUGCCGACAAUUACGUCGGCGAAGAAUCAAUAAACAGAUUUAAAGUGAUUAGCCCUCCGAACUCGUCGCACAUUCUCCAACCUUGGCCGCCUACUUUAGCGACAUUCGAAGAUACUAUGAAGAAAUUAGUUGAUACUAAAACGAACAACUCCAUAGACGUACAUAAAUUGCAAAAGAAUAUUGAUAACUGGACGAUACAGGAAUAUUCAAAGGGCACAACCGUUAGUACAAUAUCGCCAAAUUCGAGUAAGCCGUAUCUUUUCCCUUCAAAGAAGAUCCCUAAUGAAUUCUUUAUGACUACUAAACCCGUUAAUUAUGCAACUGAUUCUCACACUGAUAAUGUUAAGACCUUUACUUUGAGCGGAUUCAGUUUUAACGAUCACGAAUAUAAAGGGUCGGCUAGCAACCAUAUGGAAAACUUAACCAUAAGCCCUAUCAAUGCUUCCACCGCAUCUGAUGAGAACAUGUGGCGAGACUAUCCCGUGGGAAUUUCUGCGGAUAGAGAACGCGUCUAUAUAGUGACGCCUCAGCCAAGUGUAACUCCUUCUGGACCGAGUUCCGAGUACAGACAAGAGAAAGUGUUGAAGGAGGCAGAAAGGAACAGGCAGGAAUCGAAGAAGACUGCGCAAACAGAUGCGAAGAAAACGAAGAAGUCCGAUACAUUCGAAUCAAUCGAGAAAGCCUACCAAGUGCUGCCUCAGGCUGUGAACAAUUUGGCUGUGGCUUCCACAGGUCCUGAGAGCGUUCCUUUGUGGGGCAUCAUGGAGCACAGCGACUUUGCGUCGUCUGUCGAUAGCGAAUACGAUAAUAACGACACCGAACCUCCUGCGUUGUAUUCUAGACUCCCGAAGAAGUCGAGUGCCAGACGAUGACGCAUCAAAAAUGCUCAAGAUGAUUAUUUGUGCAUGUGCAGACGAUUUUGAUAGUGUGUUUCCGUGAACGAUGUGAGCGAUUGUGAACAGUUAUAUUAUAAUAGUAAUCCUUGACCUCAUUCCCGAACGAACUUUUUAAUUUAAUGAUAUUUAAUAUAAACGUAUGAACUGAUUCGAUUCUACGUACGUGCGUAAGUGAUUAUCGUGGCCAGUGCACCGGAUAAAUGUAUUUUAUAGUCCGGACGUAUGUAUCACUAUAAGUUUUACUGUAAGUCUUUUUUAUACGUUUAAUAAGUUUAAAAAUAUAAGAUGGAAAACUACACAAGAAACUAAAGACAACGUGGUAUAUACAUAUUUGCAUUAUGUUGCCACAUCGUAACUUGCAAAGCUUUCCAUCAUUUAAAUUGCUGUUAAUAAAUAUUUUAAAUAUAAAA